UUUUUGUUCUCUUACUCAUUAAGACUUAUAAGUAGAUCUACUUCUCAAUUAUUUACACAGACGACGCGAGAAGUCGAGAACCAUCCACAGAUCUAUCUCUAUAUCUAUCUCAACAACAAUGGCUUCACGAUGCGCGAUGCUAUGCGAGAUUCUGUUAGCCGUGUUUCUUCCUCCAAUUGGAGUUUGCCUUAGGCAUGGUUGCUGCAGCGCUGAAUUCUUCAUCUGCCUGAUCUUGACGAUCUUAGGUUAUAUUCCUGGAAUUAUUUAUGCUUUGUACGCGAUUCUCUGUGUGGAGCAUGAUGAUGUGUCCCGCGGAGAUAACUACAGCACACUCGCGUAACCGGCUCCAGUUCUUUGUUCAUGAUAUCUUGUGGUUUACAAUAACGAUGAGAUGUUUUUUAAUAUUGUGGUGAAUACAGUUGUUUGAAUUUGGUCUGUGAUUAAACUCUCAGUCACUUUCGUUUGUAUUUCGGUAUUAUAAGUAUGUCUCUAUUGAAACAUUAUGUGUUCUAUUUGUAAUUGUCGCUUCUGUGUU